AUGACAAUGAGAAGAUUCAUUGAUUUUGAUGACACGUUCACCACGGGCCAGCCCUGGUGCGCGGGCUCCUGCGGCUGCAGCGCAGGGUCAGUACGACUUCGAGGUGGCAAAGAUGAGUUUGAAGGCACUGUGCAGGUUUAUUUGAACGGAAUUUGGGGAAUCAUCUGCAGCAACAACUGGGAUGAUAAUGAUGCAUCAGUCAUAUGUCGGCAGCUUGAACUUGGCGAAAGAGGCACAGCAAAACACAUGCCAUUUGCUGAACUGGGCCUUAUUCCUGUGUACUGGAGUGAUGUACGUUGCCAUGGUGAUGAAGAAAAUAUACUGUUAUGUGAAAAAGACAUCUGGCAUGGUGGAACAUGUCCUCAAAGAAUGGCAGCUGCUGUCAUGUGCAGCUUUUCCCAAGCCUCUGUCUUUAUUCCAAUACGCCUGGCUGAUGGGAGCAAUGCUUAUGAAGGAAGAGUAGAAGUCUACCAUGCUGGCCAGUGGGGGACUAUCUGCGAUGACCAGUGGGAUGAUGCAGAUGCGGAAGUGGUUUGUAGGCAGCUUGGCCUUGGGGGAAUUGCCAAGGCAUGGAGCCAAGCUUAUUUUGGAGAAGGUUCAGGCCCUGUGCUGCUGGAUGAAGUGCGUUGUACAGGGAAUGAGCUGUCAAUAGAACAGUGCCCAAAGAGCUCCUGGCAAGAACACAACUGUGGCCACAAAGAAGACGCUGGUGUUUCCUGCAUACCUCUUACAGAUGGGGCAGUAAGACUAACAGGUGGAAAAGGCAGUCAUGAGGGACGCUUGGAAGUACAUUACGGCGGCCAAUGGGGAACAGUCUGCGACGAUGGGUGGACUGAGCUAAAUACCCAAGUGGUUUGUCGGCAGAUGGGAUUUAAGUAUGGAAAACAUGCACUUGAAAAGUAUUUUGAAGAGAGCAGUGGGCCUAUCUGGCUGGAUGAUGUCAGCUGCUCAGGAAAAGAGUCAAAUAUUCUUCAGUGCUCAAAGAGGGAGUGGGGGAAACAUGACUGCAGUCAUCAAGAAGAUGUCAGAAUAAUUUGCCACCCAGAUAAUGAUGGCCACAGACUCUUACUGGGUCCUCCGAUCAGGCUGAUGGAUGGCGAGAAUAAGAAAGAGGGACGUGUAGAGAUUUUUAUCAAUGGCCAGUGGGGAACAAUUUGUGAUGAUGGAUGGUCUGAUAAGGAUGCAGCUGUGGUCUGUCGACAGCUUGGCUACAAAGGCCCAGCUAGAGCCAGGACAAUGGCAUAUUUUGGGGAGGGAAAAGGCCCAAUCCAUGUGGAUAAUGUCAAAUGUACAGGAAAUGAGAGAUCCCUGGCUGACUGCAUUAAACAGGAUAUUGGAACACACAACUGCCGUCACAGCGAGGAUGCUGGGGUGAUCUGUGACUACCUGGGCAAGAAGUCAUCUGGGAACAGUAAUAAAGAUUCCCUUGCUUCUGUCUGUGGGCUGAGAUUACUACAUCGCCGACAGAAACGGAUUAUUGGUGGGAAAAAUUCUUUAAGGGGAGGCUGGCCCUGGCAGGUUGCCCUCCGCUUGAAAUCAUCUCAUGGAGAUGGAAGACUUUUGUGUGGUGCCACUCUCAUCAGCAGCUGCUGGGUACUCACUGCUGCACACUGUUUUAAGAGGUAUGGCAACAACACUCGGAACUACAUUGUGAGAGUUGGGGACUAUCACACACUAGUACCUGAAGAGUACGAAGAAGAAAUCGGACUCAAGCAGAUUGUGAUGCAUAAAGAGUACAGGCCGGAAAGCAGUGAUUAUGACAUUGCUUUAGUGAGGCUGCAGGGACCAGAAGAACAAUGUGCCCGAUUCAGCACCCAUGUUUUACCUGCCUGUUUGCCACUAAGACGGGAGAGACCACAGAAAACUGCCCCCAAUUGUUACAUCACAGGCUGGGGCGAUACAGGAAAAGCCUAUUCAAGAACUUUACAACAAGCUGCCAUCCCCCUGCUUCCUAAGAGGGUGUGUGAAGAGCGUUACAAGAGAAGGUUCACAGGGAGGAUGCUCUGUGCUGGAAAUCUCCAGGAACAGAAACAUGUGGACAGCUGCCAGGGAGACAGUGGUGGACCUCUGAUGUGUGAACGGCCGGGGGAAAGCUGGGUUGUGUAUGGGGUGACUUCCUGGGGUUAUGGCUGCGGAGUCAAAGACUCUCCAGGUGUCUACACAAAAGUCUCAUCCUUUGUACCCUGGAUAAAAAGUGUGACCAAACUAUGAGCCUCUUUACUUAGAAACAGCAAGCACAUUAACUGAUGUUCUGAGUCAGACAAGGCAGCUUGAACAGCAUGGCCAGUGCACAGCUGGGGCCCACAGUGGGUGGGAAUGGACACAUUUUUCUGCACCAUGUGUUCUUUUUGUUGAAUCAAGGAUUUAUAUUUUCACUACUUUCCCAGUCAGGGAUUAAUGUGCAAACAAUUCCUUCAUGCUGAGUUCAGGCACAUAUUGCAUUUUUCCAUGGAAUAUAUAUACAUGGAAUAUAUAUACAUGCAGUAACACUAUAUAGAAAACUGAACUCAGUGGUACAUCCUAGAACCUGAAGCCUAGUUUAAAACUGCCUGUGUGGCAUCUUUGUGACACCAGCCUUAUGUGUGUAUAUUCCUCCAUGUAAUAUAUAUACACUGUCUUGGGUGUGACAUUCCUCCAGCUUUGUAUACACACACACAAGGCUGGAGGAAUGAACUUCAUAUUACUCCAAUAUUAGGACAAUUGGAGAGUUCAAUACAUCAUUUCUCAUUUCCCAGAGCAGAUGUUCCUGGCAGUUAUUCAUGCUUUAGGAUUCUCCAGAAUUAUCUGUAACCCACCAAAUUCCUAAUUAAUUCAUUUUUAACCAUUACCUAUUUAUUACUGCUGUGAGUUUCAAAUCCUAGUUUCUCGAUUCUGUGUCAUGUUUCUUUCAUAAGUCAAGUCAUUUACAGUUCAUGUCUGUCAUUGGCUCAUCUUUGAUAACACAGAAGAUCUAAAAUUACCUCUAGUAAUUAUAUCCCCACUUUUUUUAUGAACAAGUUCACAUGAUUUAGCCCCUACCAAAAGAACAAACAACAACUUCAAAGUCGUCAGUACUGUCUAAUCUUCCUGAAGAGAAAGUAACUUGUACACUUAUAUAUUGGCCACAUCAGGUUAAAAAAAAAAGACACAUUGGAAUUUAAGUAAUAAGCAGAUUAUCAUUUCAAAGACGUAUCAAAAAGGGCACACCGACCUAGUGGUUUUGGUAGCAAUUAUACUGUCCCAUCUUGAUAGCCAUCACUAGCUCUGGAGGCACAAAGAACUAGCCUAAAGGCUAAGCCCCCAAAUUCUCUCUCUCUAGCAAAAAAUUAACACAGUAUCACCCAAUAACAGAGUUUAUAGGCCUGUCAUGGGGAGCCUUUUUCUCAAACAACUCCAGGGUAUAGUAUCUCUAUCAACACUACAGGGUAAGAUUACAAUUAGUAUAUAGACUGCUAUCAUCAGAGCUAGAAUGUGUCCCAGAUGCCAAGCCUAUGUGGAAAGGUCAAUGAGUUCUUCAGUCAAAAUAUGAUUUUGUAAAAACAUCGGGACAGAUGCCCUAACAGUGCUCCCUAGUGCUAGUUUGGAGCAUUGAUUCAAUAAGGCCUGGCAGGAAGAACAGAAGAUACCCAAUACCAAAACUUGCAAUAUACUUCAUCACAGGUCUCUCAUCCAAUUAGUCUCGUCUCCAGCUUUGUCAUUUUAAAGUUUAGAAACACCGGAAAAUGAUGUUACAAAAACAAAGCCCAAAGUCAUGUAGAUUCUAAACAUCUCUUUUCAAAAUCCAUGGCUAAAAAGAAUUGAAAAAGCCCAUUUGAUAGAACAAUUAAAAAGUAUUCAUUUAUACUUAGUGGUUUUUUUGCUAGUUCUCUUAAAAUAUUCACAAGAAUAUAGUAACCCUGGUGCUUUCUACAUUAAAUGAGUAUGAGGAAAGCCGCAGUUUCUGAUGUGACAAAAAUUAGAAGCAUCAAUCAUACACAACCAUUUACUUGCCUGUAGAAAGUGACCAACUCAAUUAACUUCAUUGUCACACAGCACAUACGAAAUAUAUGACCAUAAUAAUAAAAACCACCAAUCACUGUCAUGCUUUGUGUAGAAUUGUCAGAAUUGUCAAACUGGAAAACAGAAAAUGUACAUUCUCUUUUUGGGAUGUAGGGCCUUUUUGGCAGUUGUAUACAAAUAUUCUGUUUGUGACUAACACUUUUUAGAUGUGACAAACAUUUGGUGGGCCAAGGAAUGCUUGAGCAUGAGAGGUGUGGCAGUUCUGUUAGCAAGUUGUCUCUGCAAUUGUACAAAAUUGUUAGUUUAGCUACUAUUUCAUUGUGAUUUCCGUCCCCAGAAAUUCCAGCUGUGGCUCCGCUGUUGGCUUCUGUGUACAAAAUGGGGAGCUUGCGCUCAUGUUAUGAUAAAUACCCAGGCGUAUUUAUGUACCUCUAAAACUAUCCAGUACACACCUCAGUUAGCAUAUACCGUAAGUGUUUUGUGGCAGUAUUAUCAACUCCUUCAUGUGAUUUAAUUAUUAAAACUUGGCCUCAGUUCAUCUCAGACUUUCAAACUAAUAUUUUCAGGGCCAUAAUCAGUUUAAACAUUGUGUUGGAAUUGGUGCUAAAUCAUUAUGUAUCAGGUGCUUUUAUACAACAUUUGCACAACUUUCUGUAUUUUUGCAACAUUUGAAUAGUGUAAGAUAUUGAAUGUUAUAUACUACUAAUAAAUAUUGGGUUCAAGAGUAGGAUGUCUUACUAUUACCUGAAACAGCUGA